AAUCUGUAACAUAUCAAGCAGUAUAAAACAUCAUUUUGAUUAAAAGAAGUUGUAUACAGUGCGAUUCGUUUUGUUUUUGCAUUCAUUCAAUCCAGUUUGUUAUAUGUAUGUACAAUGCAUGUGCUUGUCACGUUAACGAGUGUUUUUGCUUGUACCUUCGAAUUAUUUAGCUUGACACAUGGAGGGUUUGAAGCAAACGCGAUGAAGAACUUUUGUUAUUUCACGUACUGGUCGGCGAGUCUCGCCAACUUCGAUGCCAGGUUUGACGUGCGCGAUAUCAACGCAACUCUGUGUAGCCACCUCAUCUACGCGUUUGCAAACAUUGACCCACUGGAACUCAAGCUGAUCAAAUACGAUGCCGGCGACGAUAACGGGUCGCUGACGAACACACAAGGUCGUUAUUUUGAAUUCAACAAACUUAAGAUACAGCACCCCGAGUUGGUGACGCUUCUAUCCAUCGGUGGAGCGAACGGGAAAGGGUUUUACCAAAUUGUGGCAAACGAAGCGAGCAUGACUACAUUUGCUCGUAAUGUGGCCAUUUAUCUGCGGGACAGAGACUUUGAAGGCAUUGACAUCGACUGGGAGUGGCCCAUGGAGCUCUACCGGAACAAGUUUACAACGUUGCUCGAGGUAUUCCGACAGGAGUUCGACGCGGAGAGUCUUCGCGAAAGCAAGCCUAAACUGCUGAUCACUAUCGCAGUAGCGGUGGGAGAUGACACUAUCUCUAAGUCAUACGACAUUCCACAGAUAUCAAGACUCGUAGACUACAUCCAAGUGAUGGCGUACGAUUUUCACGGAACAUGGAGUAGAGUGACCAGCUUCUCUGGGCCUCUGAACUCGAGACUGUCAGAUAGCCGCUUCAACCAGCAGCUCAGUCAGCAUUGGGCAAUCGAUCGCUGGAUAUCGGGCGGAGCAGCACGUGAAAAGCUCGUGAUGGGAAUUACAGGUACUGCGACGACCUUCACCCUAGUGAACGUUACAAACGCGGGGGUCGGGGCACCGGUGAAGGGCCCUGGUAAAGUGGGGCCUUACCUGGGUAUAGAAGGACAUGCCUCAUAUUAUCGGGUUUGUGAGAUGAUAAGGAAAGGAGCAGUGUACAAAUUCGACGACGAACAAAAGAUGGCGUAUGCAGUUCUGGAGGACCAGUGGGUGGGGUAUGGAAACCCGGAAAGUAUGAAGGCCAAGGUGCAGUUCGCCCACUCCCGCCAGCUGGCGGGGACUAUGUUCUGGUCCCUUGAAGUAGACGACUUCCUUGGAAAAUAUUGCAACGAUGGCAAGUUUCCGCUCCUUACUUCCAUAUACAACACGAUACAGGAAUUGGCGGAAACUUCGGGAAUCAACCUCACCAUCCGGUCAAAGCCGGCUACCCAGUCCACCACACCGGUGAGAUGUGGGUGUAGUUUUAUUGGCGGACACGAAAGAUGGAGUUUGUAUACGACUAUGAUUCUGACGGGUUUGAUAAACUAUUUGCGUGUAAAGUUUGUGUAAGGUGGUCACUUACAAUGCGUUGACAAUCUCACCAGUAAGCAUUCAAAAGUAAUCUACAACUGCGCGUGUUUCUUUAUUGUGUUAGUCAUUCUGUUGUCAUGUGCAUAUGUUUUAUAACACAGUAGAACUGACCGUGAUAAACAGGCAAUUACGGACGCUUUAAGUGGCGAACCAAUGGACACUGACGUAUUACAUACUCUAGUUACCAAAGGGGUUAAUAUACGCUACUGUAUUUGUCAUA